AUGAAAUACUUGCUCGUUUGUCUCCUAUUCGUAACUGGGUGUAGCGAUUCGUGGGCUUUGCAUCGUCGUAUAAAGGACGACGGAAAUGAUAUGAAAUUUCGAAAUUCAACUAAUAAUGGUAUAUGUUACUGUUCUGCACGGAAUUACGAUACAGGUGCUACGGUUCAAAAUUUUGGAAUAGCUUCGAAAUGUACGAAAUCAGGGUCAACAGGAUGUUCUUGUGAUUAUAUGAGUAGUUGUUCUUCAAUUUGCUUAGUCAAAUUUAAUAGAUGGGCUUCUACGUUACCCUAUUGUGGUGGCUACCACGGAAAAUUGAUAGCAUCAAUUACAAUGAAUGAUUGUGGAAAUCAUUUCAUUGGAUCUAUCGCUAAGCAGUGUAACUCUACACAAAACAGUAUCAAAUCAUCGAUACUAACACAAACGACUUCGAACUCGAUUGAAGUAGUGCCAUUUUUAUUGAUUCGACUUACUGGAACGUUGUUACCUUCCGGCACACUCUUAAUCAUAGGUGGUACAAGUAUUGUACAUUCUUAUUCGACUUUUGAAGCAUAUAUUUCUUCGUCCGAUAAAUGGAUAGUGCUGCCAAGUCUGUCAAUACCACGUCAUGAACAUACUGCUACUUUAUUAUCAUCUGGACAUUUGUUAAUUACGGGUGGUCAAACAACUGACCGUAAUAUAUAUUCUUCAUGUGAAUUGUAUGAUUCUUCACGCAACACAUGGAAAAUCGUUCCGGAUAUGUCAUCAAAACGUUCUCGACACGCAGCGGUUCUAUUGAAAUCCGAGAAAGUUAUGAUCAUUGGUGGGCACAACGGAAGUCUAUUAUCAAGUUGUGAAACGUAUGAUGCUUCAUCCAAUACGUGGACGUUAGUCGCUAAUAUGAUGUUGCCACGUAUGUUUCAUUCUGCCACUUUAUUAUCAUCAGGACAAGUACUAGUUAUCGGUGGUAAUUAUCCUAAUAGUUCAGCUUGUGAAAAGUAUGAACCUAUAUCCAAUAUUUGGACUUCAAUAGCGUCGAUGUCAACGGGACGUUUUCUUCACACAACAACUUUAUUAUCUGACGGUAGAUUAUUUAUAGUGGGAGGAUUCGAUGGUAGCAAAAACUACUGGCAGAGUUGUGAAGUCUAUGACCCUCAAUCAAAUAAAUGGACAUCAGUUGCUAAUAUGACAACUCAACGUGCUGGACAUACUGCCACAUUAUUGCCAUCAGGAAAAAUUCUCGUAACAGGCGGUGUAGCCGGUCAAAGUAUACUAGACGGAUUGUCUACCUGUGAAAUCUAUGAUCCUGCAUUAAAUACAUGGACUUCAGUUCGCAACAUGUCAACUCCACGAUUUCAACAUAUAGCAGCUCUAUUGCCAUCGGGUAAAAUAUUAGUUGCAGGUGGUAUUAGCGCUCCGUUUAGUGAAGCAUACGAUUCUACAUCGAAUACAUGGACUCCGGUGACCAAAUUCCCAACAUUUGUUUUACAAAACACAGCAACAUUGCUAUCAUCUGACAAAGUAUUAGUAACAGGAGGUUUUAACGGUUGGGAUCAAUUGUCGAGUUGUGCAAUAUACAAUACUCCAACAAAUACAUGGAUACCAACAACAGAUAUGAUAGUACCACGUUCUCUGCAUACAGCAACUUUACUAUCGAAUGAAAAUGUUUUGGUGGCAGGUGGAUAUAGUUCGAUUGGCUCUCUCAAACGAUGUGAAGUAUAUAAUACUAUGUCCACCAUAUGGACUGCAGUUGAAGAUAUGCAUGUAGCGCGUUGUGAACACACUGCCACUCUACUAUCAUCUGGACAUGUAUUAGUAAUAGGUGGUUAUGAUGAAGAUUUAAAUCGUAAAUAUCUUUCGAAUUGUGAAAUAUACAAUUUCUUAUCGAACACUUGGAGUUCAACCGCCAGUAUGUCUACACCACGUUCUCAACACACGGUUAUAAUGCUAUCAUCUGAAAAAACAUUAGUUACAGGUGGUUUUGAUGGUAGUACAUAUCUAUCGAGUUGCGAGGUGUAUGAUUCUAAAUCCGACGCGUGGACUCUAGUUGCUAGUAUGUCUAAAGCUCGUGCACAACAUACGUUGACAUCGUUACCUUCCGGUGAACUCCUAGUUACAGGUGGCAUUAAUAAUGGAUAUUAUAUGGCAGAUUGUGAAAUGUAUGAUCCUUCAUCGAAUAUUUGGACACCAAUCAUGAAUAUGUCGUUUCCACGACAUGGCCAUACUGCUACUGUAUUAUCAUCUGGGCAUGUUCUAGUCACAGGUGGAGAUAAUCAUGAUGAUUUCUCAACUAGUGAAAUAUACGACCCUCUAUCAAAGAUGUGGACUCCAGCAUCCAAUAUGUCAUUGCCACGUAUUCAACAUGGAGCUACGUUGUUGUCAUCUGGAAAAGUAUUAGCAACUGGUGGAAAUACUCUGCCGGUUGGUGAACUGUAUGAUUAUUUAUCUGAUACUUGGACUCCAGUAGAUAAGACAAGUUCAGAACGUUUUCAAAACACAGCCACAGUACUAUUAUCUGGUGAUGUAUUGAUAGCAGGUGGUUCAAAUGCCUUUAACAGUUUUUCGAGUUGUCAAAUAUAUAAUGCUUCACUGAAUAUGUGGACUCCAGUCGCAAAUAUGUCAACACAACGAUAUCAACACACUGCAACGUUACUAUUAUCGGGAAAUGUAUUAGUAGUAGGUGGCGCUGAUCAAUUCGAAAUUACCGCAACAGUUUGUGAAAUCUUUGAUCCUCAUUCGAAUACAUGGGUGAAAUCCGAUGGCCUAAACGACCAACUUAAGGGGCACACUGCAACUUUAAUGCCGUCCGGAAAGGUAUUAGUCACAGGUGGUGCUUAUUUCUUAGGAUAUUUAUCUACAGCCCAACUGUUCGAUCCUAAAUCAAUGCACUGGGUUAAGACAGUUGCAAUGCUAUCAGAACGCUUUCAACACACUGCAAGUUUGUUACCGAAUCAACAAGUACUACUCGUAGGCGGUUAUAACAAGACUGCUUUGUCCGAUUGUGAAAUGUAUAAAGUUUCAUCGAAUGCAACGACUAGAGUUGCAAAUAUGUUAACUGCACGUUUUCAACAUACAGCCACUGUACUAUCACCUCAACAAAUACUAGUUAUUGGCGGUAACGAUGGGUCCAAGUCUUUGUCGUCUAGUGAACUCUACAUUGUUUCUUCAGACAAGUGGAUGUUAGCCACCAACAUGCUAUUUGCUCGCGCGGGACACACUGCUACUCUGCUAUCAUCAGGGAAAAUUUUAAUAACAGGUGGUAUGAAUAAUGGUAAUUAUUUGUCUAGCUGUGAAUUGUACGACCCAUCAUCGAAGAAGUGGAGUGUGGUUGCUAGUAUGUCGUCACCUCGUGUCUAUCAUACGGCUUCGUUAUUAUCGUCGGGUAAAAUAUUGGUAGCUGGUGGUUAUGGUGAACCACUCGGUGAAGUAUACGAUCCUUCAUCCAAUAAGUGGAGUCCAGUUUGA